GCCCAAUGUCCCUUAGAACAUGGAGAAAAUUAUGGCAGCUUUCCCUCCCUCCCUACUAUAACUUCUCUCCUCUUCUCCAACUCCUCCUUCUUUCUAAAUUCCAACAUAUUCCAUAACAAAACCUCUCUCCCUCUCCUUCUCCCUCAAAUCUAAAAAAAUUAAAACCCCAAAUCAAAAAAACAGAAGAAAAGUGAAUUCACAACACAAUACUACACACAUGAUCAAGUGAGAGAGAGAGAGAGAGAGAAUGGACAUAGAAGUGGUGAAGUGCGAGUGCUGCGGGCUGAAGGAGGAGUGCACAGAAGAGUAUAUAAAGGAGGUGAAGGGAAAGUUCGAAGGGAAAUGGCUGUGCGGAUUGUGCUCGGAGGCGGUGAGGGAUGAGGUGAGCAGAGGGAAGAAGGAAUCCGCCAUGGAUGAAGCUGUCAGAGCUCACAUGACCUUCUGCCGCAAGUACAAAUCCAACCCCGCCGUCCGCGUCGCCGACGGCAUGCGCCAGAUGCUGCGCCGCCGCUCCGCCGCCCUGCCGCCCACCACGUCGCAGGUCGGAGAUGACUCCACUUUCGGAUAUUACUAGGUAGCAGGAGGCGAUGAUGACUCAUUAGAUUCUCUCAUUUCUUAUUUUCGAAUUUUAGGAAUAAUUUUUUUCUUUUUUUUUUCCUUUGAUCGCUGCCUUGUUUGUACAGCCGAUUCGGUUUUUGGUUUUUAUUUUAACUGGUUAAUUAGUUUCA